AUGGUCUUCGACUGCUACGACUAUAGCGAGGACCAAAAAGUGAAGGUUGCCACCGUCGAGUUCACCGACUACGCACUAGUCUGGUGGGACCAAGUGAGGACCACGAGGAGGAGGAUGGGAGAACCACGUGUCCGGACUUGGCGAGAACUCAAGGCACUAAUGCGCAAGCGAUUUGUUCCUAGCUACUACAAUCGUGAUCUCCACUCUAAGCUUCAAACACUCACGCAAGGCAACAUGAGUGUGGAGGAUUACCACAAGGAAAUCGAGAUGGCCAUGAUGAGGGCCAACAUUCAAGAAGACAACGAAGCCACAAUGGCUAGGUUUCUUAGGGGUCUCAAUCCUGACCUUCAGGAUGCCUUGGAGCUUCAACAUUAUUUGGACAUGCACGACCUUCUGGAACUCGCCAUUAAGGCCGAACGGGGGAAGAAAUUAAGACGGGGAGCCCGUACUUUCCAAUCUCCUACCACCACCUCGUGGAAAGGCAACCAACCACGAAGAGUGACCCACGAAGUUGGAAAUGCGACAACACCAACCUAUUCUAACCGCUUCCAAGUCCUCAUGCAAGACAAGAGGCCGUGCGCCUUCUUUAGCGAGAAAUUGGGAGGAGCUGCACUGAACUACCCCACGUACGACAAGGAGCUGUACGCCUUAGUGAGGGCCUUGGAAACCUGGCAACACUACCUUCGGCCUCGGGAGUUCGUGAUCCACACUGAUCACGAGUCAUUGAAGUACCUCAAAGGCCAACCCAAGCUAAGCAAGCGCCAUGCCAAAUGGGUAAGCUUCAUUGACACCUUCUCCUAUGUGAUUAAGUACAAGACUGGCAAGACGAAUGUGGUCGCUGAUGCUUUGUCACGUAGACACUCCUUACUUGUCUGUCUUGAUGCCAAGUUACUUGGGUUCGAAAUGGUGAAAGACCUCUACACUAAUGAUCAUGACUUUGGUGCUAUCUAUGCUGUGUGUGUUAAGAAUCCACAGGGAAA